AUGUCACUUGCUGGAAAAGAAUUUAAAUUAUCCAACGGAAACAAAAUCCCAGCUGUUGCAUUUGGAACUGGAACUAAAUACUUUAAGCGCGGCCACAACGAUCUCGACAAGCAAUUGAUUGGUACUUUGGAACUUGCUUUGAGAAGUGGGUUCAGGCACAUUGACGGUGCUGAGAUUUACGGUACCAACAAGGAAAUUGGAAUCGCUUUAAAAAACGUUGGUUUAAACAGAAAAGAUGUCUUCAUCACUGACAAAUACAAUUCGGGUAACCAUACUUAUGACGGAAAACACUCGAAACACCAAAACCCAUACAAUGCAUUAAAGGCUGAUUUGGAAGAUUUGGGAUUGGAGUAUGUCGAUUUAUACUUGAUCCAUUUCCCAUACAUUUCUGAAAAAUCUCACGGGUUCGACUUGGUUGAAGCUUGGAGGUAUUUGGAAAGAGCCAAGAACGAAGGUUUAGCUCGCAAUAUUGGUGUUUCCAAUUUCACUAUUGAGAAUUUGAAAUCUAUCUUGGAUGCCAACACCGAUUCGAUCCCAGUGGUUAAUCAAAUUGAAUUUAGUGCUUACUUGCAAGACCAAACUCCAGGAAUUGUUGAAUAUUCACAGCAACAAGGAAUUCUUAUUGAAGCUUAUGGUCCAUUGGGCCCAAUUACUCAAGGAAGACCUGGGCCCUUGGAUAAGGUUUUGUCAAAAUUGUCAGAAAAGUACAAGAGAAAUGAAGGUCAGAUCUUAUUGAGAUGGGUGUUGCAAAGAGGUAUUUUGCCCAUUACUACAACCUCUAAAGAGGAACGUAUUAAUGAUGUUUUGGAAAUUUUCGAUUUCGAGUUGGAUAAAGAAGAUGAGGAUCAGAUCACUAAAGUCGGAAAGGAAAAAACUCUUAGACAAUUUUCGAAAGAGUAUUCCAAGUAUGAUUGA